CUUGGCUAUAAAAGGUCUGCACCGAUUCUCCACUCGGUUUACUUGACCACCAGUCGUCGUCGUCGUCGCACUUGACCAUCAUGCGCGCUCCCGAGUGGAUGAGCACUGAGAUGGCGCGCCUCACAUCGAGACUGGAACGCUACAAGCCCACGGGCAGUGGCUACAACCGCAUCCAGUCGAUUCGUCUGUCCAAGAGCGUCACCCAAAUGCUGAACAAUCCGAUGCCUCCGGCGCCAGCCGCUGCCACCGCCAGAAUGCAGCAGGAGAGCUCAUUCACAACGCCGCGACGACGAGGCGUCCUCAGUCGCAGCGAAUCGGAAUGGGAGGAGGUCUAUCCGGCCGUCAAGUUUGUGCGCCAGGAGAGCAGCGAAAGUGCCACGAGUGAGGACAGUGAGCUGCGGUUCACCCACUACAGAAAUUGUGCCACGCGAAUUCCCUGAAUUGUUCAAUCUACGUUGCAAUAUUUGUAAAUUUUUAUCUGUGUUAAGUUAAAAAUAAAACAUAGAACCACUAAGCAAAA